CAGCAGAGAUGCCAGUGAGUAGAGCUUACACGUGGAGCUUUGUGCGUGGCGCUUUGUCCAAUGUGUGUUUUUUGUGUGCCUCCCUGUUCCCAGCUAACGAGAUGUCCAUAGGCCCCAAUUCAACCUUCUAUUGAUUCGCUAUUACAGAUUAUCCAUAAGGACAGAGAACAGUACAGCGAUGAUCUGACCACGAUUCCCAACAUGUACCCUGUGUACUCAUAUGUGACCUCGGACUCGAUCACUGCGCAUAUCGCGUACCUCAAGUUGACCAAGAUUGGUGAUGAAAGCAGUGCCAAAACUCAAAGUUUCCUCUUUGAAAGUGCCAAAAAUGGUGAUACCGUUGAUCGUUACUCGUUUAUUGGCUUCCAGCCAAAGAAGAUCAUCAAUACUGGUCCGGAUUUCGGGUUGGAAGUUGAUCCUUUGAAUUUGCUCGAGGAUGAAAUGUCUCAGUAUAGACAGGCCCAAUUGCCAGGAAUUCCAAAACUGUCUGGUGGUGCAAUCGGCUACAUUUCAUACGACUGCGUGCAAUAUUUCGAGCCAAAGACGAAGAGACCUCUAAAGGAUGUGCUACACUUACCAGAGGCCUCACUGAUGCUCUUCGAUAACGUCAUUGCAUUUGACAACGUGUUCCAAAGAUUUCAAAUCAUCAACAAUAUCGUUGUCAAUCUGGACGACUCUGACGAAGAGAUCAAGUCGAAAUACGCAAAGGCAAGGGAUAACAUUCAUGCCAUUGAGACCACCUUGUUGGAUGACUCAACUCCAAUUCCAUAUCCUAAACAGGGUCCAAUCAAACAAGGACAAGAUUUCACUUCGAACAUCGGACAGGAGGGCUAUGAGUCCCAUGUCAAGACUUUAAAGAAACAUAUUCUUAAGGGAGAUAUCAUUCAAGCUGUUCCAUCGCAAAGAGUUGCAAGACCAACUUCGUUGCAUCCGUUCAACAUCUAUAGACAUCUAAGAACGGUUAACCCAUCUCCAUAUAUGUUUUACGUUGACUAUUUGGAUUUCCAAAUUGUCGGUGCAAGUCCUGAACUGUUGGUGAAAUCCGACUCCAACAACAAGGUCAUCACACAUCCGAUCGCAGGAACUAUAAGACGUGGUAAGACAGCCGAGGAAGAUGAUGAAUUUGCCCUUGAGCUGAAAUCCUCUAAGAAGGACAGAGCCGAACAUGUGAUGCUUGUCGAUUUGGCCAGAAACGACAUCAACAGGGUUUGUGAUCCAACCACUACGAACGUUGAUAGAUUGCUUACAGUGGAGAGAUUCUCUCACGUCAUGCAUCUGACCUCGCAGGUCUCUGGUACCUUGAGACCAGACAAGACCAGAUUCGAUGCGUUCAGAUCCAUAUUCCCAGCUGGUACGGUCAGUGGUGCGCCAAAGGUUCGUGCGAUGGAGUUGAUUGGAGAGCUCGAAGGCGAGAAGAGAGGUGUCUAUGCCGGUGCUGUUGGCUCCUGGUCAUACGAUGGUAAGACCAUGGACACGUGUAUCGCGUUGAGAACAAUGGUUGUCAAGGAUGGCAUUGCCUACUUGCAAGCUGGUGGAGGUAUCGUGUUUGACAGCGAUCCAUACGAUGAGUACAUCGAGACGAUGAACAAGAUGAAGGCCAACAACAACACCAUUGUGGAGGCUGAGAAGUUGUGGGUUGACAAGCUGAACCAACAGCCACUGUGAUGGUCCCGUGUAUAAGACUUGAGUAAUGUGUAUAUAUAUAGAAGUUGGUUACCUGUACUGGUCGUCUGAUCAAUGUGGUGUCCGGAUGUAUGGGUGUCCGGAUGUGUAGCUGUCCGGGUGUUUGGUGUCCGGAUGUCCGGGUGUGGCCCCCUCUGAUCGUCGACAGCCAAAUUUUUCCCCUUAAAAAUCAAACUUCACAAAAAU